CAAAACAGUGAAACCAUGGGCGUCGCAGUAAGAGCACAGAGAUGCGGUUACGUUGAGAGCAGAUGCGUAGGGUCUGAAAAUCAGAUGAGGAUGAUGAUGAUGAUGAUGAUGAGGGGGUUAGUUGGUGUUCGCACCUUCUCAGGAUUGUCCCGGAAACAAAUUCAUUGUCCUCGCGCAUUAAAAAAGACUUUCCACGGUCCAGUGAGAUGGACUGCAACAUGCAGACCAGCUCCAUUAUUAAGAGCAACACCUUGUCGUGCUUUAAUUGAUGAGCUGAUCGCUCUGGAGGCUCAUCAUCUUCCAUCAAACUCCCCGGUGACCAUGAGAGCUCAGCUGACCUGUGAGGAUGGACAUUUGUGGCAGUCCAUUUCUCAUUAUCACACCGAUGAGGAUGGAGUUGUAGACCUGACUAAACAUCCCUCUGUUGGUGGUUCGUAUGUCGGCUGUGAGCCGAUGGGCCUGUUUUGGAGUCUUCAGCCUGCACCUGGUGAAAAAGAAGGUCUGAGGUUGAGAAAGAAAGAUGUGGAGACUCCAUACUCAGUGGAUGUGUCUGUGCUGGAAGGCCACAUUUCUCCUCUUAAUUCCUCCAUAGAUGAGCAGAUUAGCAGAAAGCAUGAGCGUGAGCUGGCUACUGUCUCACUUCAGCGAUGGUACAUGGCGCCAGGCGUGAGGAGGAUCGAAUUACGCCAAAACCAAGUGGUGGCGACUUUAUUCCUCCCUCCAGGUCCAGGUCCGUUUCCUGCAGUUGUAGAUCUGUUGGGUGUGGCUCGAGGCCUGAUGGAGUCCCGUGCUGCUCUGAUCACCUCACAUGGUCUGGCCUGCAUGACUUUAUCCUACUUUGAUCACAAAGAUCUUCCUGGACCCCGAAAACGUGUCAACGUGGGAGACUCAUACUUGAAGGCAGCAUGGCAGGUUCUGUCUGAUCACCCUCAAGUGUGUGAGGAUCGGAUUGCGAUCAUUGGCAUUUCCUUCGGGGUCUUUAUAGCUCUGCGGAUCGCCACGUCCCUGUCGGUUAACCCGAGGUGCGUGGUUUGCAUCAACGGGCCGGUCUGCAGCAUCAACAAGUUUUUCGGUGAAGACGGAGAGAAUAUCGAUGAAGACCAAAAACUCUGGAAUAUUAACGAUCGAGGCUACGUGAGUUUCAGGGACUACUGUUUACCGUCUAACGUUCCACCUGAAAACUUCCUUCAGAUUGAGAAGUUGCGCUGCCCUCUGCUGUUCUUCAUCGGAGAGGACGACUUGUGCUGCGCGUCUGUGGAGAACGCAGACGAGAUUGAAAGACGACUUCACGUAGCAGGUAAAUCUCACCUGUUCACUCGAGUGUCAUACCCUGGAGCCGGUCACCUGAUCGAGCCACCGUACACACCAACCUGCCGCACCUCCACCUGGGCCAAUCGACCCACUCAUACUAUGAUUCAGUGGGGAGGAAACCUGGUGGAACACGCAGCCGCUCAGGAGGACUCAUGGUCACGCAUCUUGACAUUUCUGGAAAGUAAUUUAAGAAGGGAGGACACAGCUUAGAUUUCAGCACACCCUCUCCAUUUGUUUUGGUCUUUUGCUUAUCGCAAGAAUCUGUCCUUUACAUCAUCAGCUCGCAAGAAAUGCAUUAGCUGAUCUUAAGAUAAGCAUAGCUUUGGCAUCACAGCAUGGAUAUCUGGUGCGCAUUUCCCAAAGGCGCUCUCAGCGAUGGUGUCUUAAAUUAAAACAUCUUCGAAUCAGCAGUAGUUUAUACAUCAGCAAGUAUUUGCAUGAAUCGGCAAUUUUUUAAUGUUGUCACAAUCAAGGCGGCUGAUCAAGUCAGAAGUCACUAUUAGCCGUUUUAUUUCUAUUCAUUUAGACCUCCAACAAAUCUGCAGAUCAAGGAGGAGUAAGAAAUAUGUGUUGCCAGAUUGGUGUGAUUUUGUUUUUUUGCAUCCAAACUUGUGAGACAUGAUCUGGCAACCCUGGCAGAAAUUUUCAGAGUUGCUUUGUAUGUUUCUCUCCUACCAGCUAGCUCUUCCAAAAACAUAUGAUGGCUACCAUGUAGAAAGCGUAAAGACUAGCACGGGCUUUAAUAAAGACUCAUUAAAGCCAGUCGAACAUAACGCACUCUGAGUAACACGAUAACCAAAUGGUUGCACAGACAUGAGCUCAUAGAGGCAGACAGUUUGCUUCUGUCACUGACAACAGAACCAAGAGUACGAUUCUUGCAAUAAAAAUCUGAGAAAGCACUGAGUUUAUUACGAUGUUUUUAUUUAUUUUUUUACGGAGUCGAUUGUCUUAAUGAUGAACCCCCAUGAACAGAUCGUUGCACGCUGAUGUCACCAUGGCGAUCAGGGGUAUGAACUCCUGGAAGUCGAUCUCUCGAUCUCUGUUCUGAUCCAGAUCAGAAAACAACAUGUCAAGGGUAUCCCUGUCCUGGAUUUUCUGGGGAGGCAGGAAAUAUGCACAGCCAUUAUCAAUAUCAUCAGGCAUUUUAUAAUUUUUUUUUAUAAUAAAUCGAUUUUGUUUCUUUGUUUUUUAAUUCAGAGGGUUUAAAAUGGUGCCUGUUGCGUGAAAGCCCAGUCCCGCUUGAUUGAGUGUGUUACAAGACUACGGGACUUAACAGAUUAAAAGCACCUAAUUUAAGUAAUAAAAGUAAACAUUUUUUGAUUGUUUUACAGUUAUAAAAUACUUUUGUUCACUUGAAUGAACAUCUGUUUUAAAUUUGCUUUUCAUUACUGAAAAAAGGGGUAUACAAACUCCGACAUAUAAAUCCAAUCAUUUCUAUUUAUGAUCACUGUGAAUAGGACAGAUUAAACAUGUAUACUAUUAGUAUGAUUUUAAAUGAAUAGCUGGUGUGAUAAAAAAUGAACCUGUACUGUUAUUGAAAAAAUAUUGCAAAUAUUGUGCUCUCAUUCCUCUGUGGAUUAAAUAAAA